AUGUUCACACCGACCCUCGGCAAUCUUCCCCUCCUUCUCCUCUUCGUCAUCUCAACAGCCACUCCUUUCCUCCCGUCUCACUUCUCCACUCGACAAGACCCAGAUGGGCCCUGCACCUGUUACACCGACCAAAGCGGUCUCUACUGCGGAUCGAGAUCAGACGGUAGCGACAAUGCAUCACUCGCCGGACCCUGGAGGUGGAAUCCCGGAGUUUUGAGAGGGAGUGGAUUGGAUCGGGAAUCUGGUAUUACGGUCGAGGUGGGAGGGUGCUUUUGCGUCACGUUGUUUUAUGAGGAGUUUAUGCUGUGUGAGGGCGUGGUUGCUUGGAGUGGCCUUGCACUACAUGACGUGCUGUGGGGGUGGAACAUUCGGGGUAGUUUGUAUGGAGUUAAUGAUUUAUGA